AUAGAGAAAGAGAGAAAAAGUACCUAUGUAUGCGAGAAAGAGAGAAUCGAAGAGAUGCCAGGAUUCGCAGCUCCUACGCAGGUGGAGAUGGAUGCUGUAUGGGGAUAUCCAUAGUGUACGUGAGAGGGAGCGAGAGAGAGAGAGAGAGAGAGAGAGAGAGAGAGAGUACGAGUGUAUGAGAGGGGGACGUGAUCUUCGGAUCCUCGUUGAGUGUUAGGGAAGGGAGAGAGAAUGAAGGAAGAGAGGAGGAAGGAAGAAAGGAAGGGAGAAUGAAAGAAGGAAAGAAAGAAAGAAGAGAAUGAAGGAAGAAAGAGUGAGAGAGAGAGGGCAGAGGUAGUCUUUCUCGGUCGAGUAGGUAAGAUAAGGACGAGGCGGACAAACGGACUGACGAAGAGUAUCCAAGGUAGGGAUAUUCAGUCUCUCGGCCACGUGCUACACGAGCGCACGCCCCGAGCCGGCCGGUGGUCCAGACACAACGUUUCCUCCAUCCUUUCUUCGCCCUUGUUGUGUCCACGUUUUUUCUUCCUCUCUCUCUUUCUAUUUUUUUCUUUCUCUUUUUCUCUCUUGCUUGCUCUUCUUUUUUUGUUCGUCUUAUCGUGUUCUUUUCCUCGCUUUUUCUUUCUCUCUCUUUCUAUCUCUCUCUUUCUUUUUAUCUUUCCUUUUCAACUUUGUUUCUUUUCGGUUCCCUUUUCGUCCAUCAUCAUCUCUUUCCUAUCAACGAGAUGUAAUUCGAAAUAUAUAUAUAUAUAUAUCUCUCGGUGUGUUUCGAUCGAACUACGUAUUAUUGAGGAUACCACAAGGAUCUUUGUGAAUUAUUCAAAGAGGGAAAGAGGGAGGAGAGAGAGAAAGAGAGAGAACGAUUAUCAACAAGUGCCAAGAGUAAUUAUCGAUCGUCGAAGUGUCUUUUAGUGACCUUGGAAGAUACGCAAACGUGUCGAUGUAUCGUCGACAUUGUGUUUAAUGGAUUAAGAAGGAAGGAAGGAAGGAAGGAAGGAAGGAAAGAAAAAAAGAAUUAAGGAAUUAAGGAAGGAAGUCGUCGUAUUAAGAAGACUGCGAGAUAUUUCUCGCUUUGAUGUUCGGUCCACGUGCCAAGCGAGAGGCAAAAGGAUAAUCUACGGGGGGAGAUACUAACAAGUUCAGAUAAUUGUUGUGGAAAAAAAAUAGCGUCGUAAGGAAAGAAGAAUAAAAGGAAUAAGCAGAAGAAGAAGAAGAAGAACAAGAAGAAGAAGAAGAAGAAAAGGAAGAAGAUAGAAAAAAAUGUUGAGACAAAAUUUCGAAGGAAGAAAGAAGGACGAAUCUUGCGAUCGACAAGCGAGAGGAUUCGCAUCGAAGGAUUAAAGGACAUCGAAUGGACGUGGGUGAUAUAUCGAGCGCGAUAGGAUUAUCUGGGAGUGGAUCCAAUCCCGGAAAUACGAGUGUUGGUGUUAUCGCGAAUACGACAUCCAGUAGCAAUACCGUGGGGUGGUGGACGCCUACGUCGAGCAUCGCUUCGGCACCGGCCACCACCGACGUGAUGAAUCAACUUUGUAGAGUUUGCGGAGAGCCGGCCGCGGGUUUUCAUUUUGGAGCCUUCACUUGCGAAGGUUGUAAGUCGUUCUUCGGGCGUACCUACAAUAAUCUGGGCAGUAUAUCCGAAUGCAAGAACGGUGGUGUCUGUGUGAUCAACAAGAAAAAUCGGACAGCUUGCAAGGCUUGCCGACUACGGAAGUGCCUGAUGGUCGGUAUGUCCAAGUCCGGUUCGAGAUACGGUCGCCGUUCGAAUUGGUUCAAGAUUCACUGUCUGCUCCAGGAGCAAACGCAUCAGGCGCACACGCGUCUUAUCAAGGACCCAAAGUUGGCAUACGAGAAAGCAUUCGGCUCGUUGGACGCGGCAAACAAUAACAAUAAUAACAAUAACGAAAACGCCAGUACGACUAGUGCAAGUGGUAUCAUCGGAAUGAUCACGACUGCAACAACGACGGCGAAUAGUUACCAUCAUCAUCAUCAUCACCAUCAUCAUCAACAGCAACAGCAGCAACCGCAACAACAACCACAGCAACAGCAGCAACAACAGCAGCAGCAGCAACAGCAACAUCAGCAGCAACAUCAUCAAGAUAGGAUAGGCAAACGCGAAGAGGGGUCGUUGAGGCCGCAGGAUAUCUCGAGCCAAUUGAGAUCGCAGGAGUUAUCUCCAAGAUCGAGUCAAGAUCAGAUUGCUAUGAGGACAGCGGAAUUAGCGAGAGCCCCUCAGGAACUUCUCAGGCCAGAAAUCUCGAGGAGUAGCUUUCCAAUGUGGAGAGGACCAGCGUUCUUUCAUCCAGCAUUGACGCACAUGCAACUUUUAAACGCGCCAUUCUUUCCCUUUCAACAACGCUUCAUCGUUCCGUACGUUAACCAAAUCGGAGCACCACCCAUGUUAGCGAGUCUUUCGAGUUCCUCGAGCGAGAGCGUCAGUCCUCGAUCGACACCCUCACCAACGAGAACGAGAGACGAGGAAAAUCGAGUUUUAAGAGUUCGAUCGAGCCUUUGCGAGGAAGCGGACCGGUCAAGGCCAAGAUCGGCAGACGAAUCGCGAAUUUAUGACAAGAGUCUCGCAUUUCUAAGAUCCCUCGGACCUGAGCAAGACGAGCCUAUCGAUCUCAGUGUCAAAGCUGCCGUAGCUGCUGCGGAAGCGGCUGCUGCUGCCGCCGCCGCAGCCGCAGCCGCCGCCGCUGCUGUAGCUGCUGCAACGGCAACUGGAGUCGCCACUAAGCUAGAAACGAGAGAAGCGGAUAUAGCUAGCACGGAAGAAGAGAGAUCGACGGAUAGCGAGGACAACGAACUCCUUCGUGACACGGGACCACCGUUGGAUCUCACUAGGAAAACAUGACCUUGGAGCAGAUCCGAAGAUUCUUGAUAGGAACUUCGAGGCGACCUCUCCAAAUGCUUUUUCUUCAAAAUUCACGUGGAAGAAAUCGUGUUUCUUUUGAUUCUAACGUGAUUCGGUAUUUAGGAAUACGUGAACUUCACUUAUUUCAAAAGGAAAGAGGCUAUGUAUUUCCUUUUGAUUUCUCUAUUGGUGGAUUUUUACCCAAAGUGUGUUAUUUACAAGGAACGAUCAUGUGCCUUCGAUAGUGCCUUUAAGCUCUCUCUUUCUUGGCGAAGAGAGUCCAAAUGUGCCUGAUAGUUUAACAUUCAUUAUAUAAUUCAUAUAAUUAUGCACGGCUCGUUGCCUUAUAACGCGUGUUACGUUUAUGUGACGACGGAAUCCAGGGACGAAGAACUUUUUUAUCAUACUUAUUUAUCAUUACCGAAGGAAUUUUCUUAAUUUUAUUGUGACGCGUGUUUUAUUUAACAUCCGGAGCCUUUCCUUUAGCCUUUCAUUCCGGUCGGUUUUCUAAAUAAAAUAUAACAAAAUGCGGAGAGACUUUUUCUUAAGAUACGUAAGUAACUAUAUCGAUGAACGACGUAGUUAGCUACGUUUUUUGUGCCUUAAAAAAUAUGAAUAGUAUAAAAUCGUGUGUACCUACCAAUAUUUUUUUUAAACUUCUUUUGUUCCGAUCGUCGUGUUUUCGAAAGUGAUUUUAUAGCGAAUGUUACGAGAGCCACCGACGUGGUCACGAUCGAAUUUUUCAUGAUGUACGAAUUAAAAAUAAAGGAUAUUCUGUAUCUGCGUGCAAUAUAUAUUAGAACGAAAGAAUAUAUUCGGAAUACUUUGUUUUAUCUUGUCAUUUUAAUGAAA